UCGUUAUCUAGUCUAUUCAAGAAAAUGGAUAGUUUCAUUUUUGUAGAAUGAAACAAUGUUAAGAAUGUUAUAAUUAUUUUUACCGUUAAUCAGGUGAAAAAUAAAAUUAGUGAAUUUAAGAAGCAGUAACAAGUGGUAAAUUUAAUAAAUAAUCAAAUUGUACAUCACAAGUUUAUUGCAACAGCAGUAAAAUUAUUUUCCAGGAUGGCAUAUGCAAAAAUUAUUGCAAUUUCCCUCCUCGUAUGCGCCAUAUCAGCACUUCCUGUUCAAAAUGACGACCCAGGGACUAAUCCUAAUAACGAAACGAAAAUUAACUAUCGUUUGCCAAACUCUACAGUGCCCGUACACUACGACCUGAAAAUAAUACCAGACAUUGAUGGUGACUCUGGAUUCAAAGGCGAAAGUAUCAUACAUUUCAAGGUUCUAGAACCAACCUCAGAUAUUGCACUGCAUUCGGUACGUUUAAAUGUCGAUGAGAAUGCAACGCGGGUAAUCUACUCAGAUGGCAUUGUGCUUAGGCCAGAAGCUCACACUUAUGUUAAGACGACAGACCAAUUGAUAAUAAGCGUUGAUAGGAUUCUUGAGGAGGGAGAAUACUGGAUGACCAUGAGAUUCUCAGGACAUUACAAAGAGGGAUUGCAUGGAUUUUUUAAAGGUUACUAUACGAAUGAGGAAGGAAAUGAUGUGUGGCUCGUUGCCACACACUUCGAGCCAACCAAUGCUCGUUACGCCUUUCCCUGUUGGGAUGAGCCUGCCCUGAAGGCAACGUUUAACAUCUCCAUCAAACAUUACGACAAUUAUACAGCAUUAUCGAAUAUGCCGGUACGAGAGAGAACCAAUGUCGAUGAAGCUGAUGGCAAAAUGUGGACGCACUUUGAGAAGACACCUGUUAUGUCCACUUAUCUAGUAGCCUACGUGGUUGCUGAUUUCGAGAAGAUAUCGAAUGCCGAUGGUUCUAUUAACAUCUGGAGCAGGAAGGAUCUUGUUCCUAAUUUGAAAUAUGCUCUUGAAAUUGCAGAGAAAGCAACUAGGGUGUUGGAACAAUAUACAAAUAGUACGGUCCGAGUGCCAAAGAUGGAUCAUGUUGCUCUUCCUCAACACGGUUCGGGUGCUAUGGAGAACUGGGGACUUAUUACAUAUCCAGAAAUAAAUCUUGCUUUUAAUAAGAGUGUGGAUUCUCUGCAACGAAAGCGGGCCAUUGCAAAGACAGUGGCACACGAGUUAGCUCAUCAGUGGUUUGGUAAUAAGGUCAGUCCAAUUUGGUGGUCGCACAUUUGGUUGAACGAAGGAUUUGCCUCGUACUUCCAACACUACACUUUGAACAAGAUAUUCAAGAACUGGAGAGAGAUUGAUUAUUUUAUAAUCAGUUCUCUUCAAGAUUCCCUUGUUACAGAUACUCAGUGGCAUACAAAUCCAAUCGAUGUUGACUUAGAAACGCCCGGGCAAAUUAAAUCUGCCUUUUCUAUCGCCAUUUAUAAAAAAGCUCCCUCCAUUCUGCACAUGCUGUCCAAUAUCAUCUCUCCAGAGGUCUUCCAGAAAGGCGUCGUAGACUAUCUGGAUAGACACGAAUACGACUCUGCAGAUCCUGACUGCCUGUGGAGAGCCCUGCAGAGUGCCCUGGACAAGUCAGACGUUCCCCACAGCGACUUCAAUGUAAAGGAGGUUAUGGACACCUGGAUCAAACAAAAGAGAUACCCAUUAGUAACUGUCGAACGUAAUUAUUCAACUGGAGAGGUGAAAUUGAGGCAGGAAGAUUUUGCAUUGGUCGAUGUCCAUAUGCAUGCUAAUAGUACAGAAUAUAAAGAUGAAAAGGAAACUUAUCAAUGGUGGGUACCCAUCACUUAUGCAACAGAGUCUAACCCAGAUUUCUCAGACAUUGGGCCCAUUAAAUGGUUGAAGCCUCAUGAGGUUUUAACUGUUGAUGGAAUUGACCCAGACGACUGGAUUAUAGUAAAUAAACAACAAAGUGGUUACUACCGUGUGAAUUAUGAUGAAGCUAACUGGAGAAAGAUCGCCAAGUACCUUCGCUCCGAGAACUAUACGAACGUCCACGUGUUGAGUCGUGCCCAAAUCGUGAGCGACAUCACGCGAUUGGUAUUUUACGAACGUGUAAAACCAUCGGUGUUCUUGGACCUGAUUGUUUAUUUGAAACAAGAGCAAGAUUAUACACAAUGGAUUCAUGUAUUCGACCUACUGGAGAAUAUUAAGCAGGUCUUGGAUGUCCCAUCGGCCCAGCCAAUUAGGGAUUUUAUAUUGAGCUUAAUGGAGAAUUUAAUGAAAACCGUGGGUUAUGAUGACAACGACAAUGAAGAUCCUCUUACGCAUUUCAAAAGACAUAAGGCGCUGGAAUGGGCCUGCUUUCUUGGGCACACCGGGUGCAAAGAAAUGGCGACUAUUAAGCUAUUACAGUACAUGAAUGAUCGAUAUAUUUACAAGAAGUCACCAGAACUUGCAGAAUGGGCGUUUACAUAUGGCCCACAACUGGCGAACGAGUCGGUUUGGCAUCAGAUCUGGGAAUUCUAUGUGAAAGAAAGAAUGAUAUAUAGCUUGAGUGCAACAGAGGAUCCAACACUCUUUCAAGCAUAUCUAAAUAUAACAAUAUCAAAUAAUGUGCCAUUUGCGUACAGAGGAUUGUUAGUUGAAAUGGCAAUGGAACACCGCCUUUUUUCAAAUGUAGCCAUGGAUUUUUGUAUAGAACAUUGGGAUCAACUCGGUGAAAGUUUGGGAUACAGUUACUAUCGCCUUUAUGAUAUGCGGAUGAUCAUUAUGGAUGAAGAACGAAUCGAGAAGAUAAAGAAGAUAUGUGAAAAGAUCCCCGAUUGUAAUUGGGAGAAAUUUUGGGCAAAAUACGAGAAAUAUAUAAAACAAGUCAAAAGUGAAAUUGAAAAAUGGAUUGCUGCAAUAAAUGAUAUGUAGAUAGCUUUAAUAACAAUCUUAAAUUAAUAAAUCAAAUAUUCAGCUUGUAAAUAUAAAUAACUUUUGUUACACAAUACUGUUACUAUUAUGUAACACAUCGACGUAUCUUUAUGUAAAGUACUGCUAUUGUACCUUAAAUGAAUUUGCAAUUGUUUCUACAAAAACUUGUUUACUUCAUUAAAUUGAUUGAAUUACAAAUUUUUGAAAUUCUUCGGUGCAUCAGUAUGCAUAGCUGCAUAAUAUAAGACAUUGGUUAACGGUAUAAAUUAUACGUGUUAUGUUCAUACACAUUGACAUGCAUUAGCUGCAUAACAGCACAAUUCAAUUUACUCAUUGAACUUUUUCAAUUAUUCACGUACUUACAAUAAAAAAUAUUUAAUUUUCCAGUUAUAAACAUAAUUCUAGGGAUUUAGUUAUAAUAACUUCAGAUAAUUAACAAAUUGUCAUUGUUUUUAGCUGGAAAUAACGUUGGAUAAUUAAAAGUUGCUUAAUCAAAGUAAGUCCUUAUAAUGCCAGAAAUUAACUUAUAUCAACGUAUGGAAUAAAACAAUAUCAAAGUGAUCCUCGUUGAUAAUCUGCUUGAUAAGAAUCGUCAGAAUAUCUUCUAUUUAAUCUACUCUGUGCAGAAUAAUCGAGAAAGUAACAAAUUUUUCCAUACCAAUGUUUCAGCUGCUAUGCAUGUAUUGUUCGAAUUAUUGUACAACACCGAGAAAGGUUGCACGCGGCUGAACAGUACCAAGCAUGGUGCGCCUCUGUAGAGAAGAUGGCGAUGCAAGGUAAAAAGGCCCUACUGGCCCUACUGCGCAUUACGCUUGAAGGUUAACAGGAGUGCCACUAGCACCUCUAGCGGAGUAGCAGGGAAACAUGGUUAUCCUUGUCUCUCCAAGGCAGAAGCAUGCAUGAGAGACAAGGAUCGCCGAUGUUUCUCAGUUUCCCCGCAUGAGGUCCCCAGGAUCAAUAAGGACUUGAGCCAUCAGUCCUAUUGCCCUUCAUAAAUUAAUUAUUACUUAUUUUUAAUUCCGUCAGUAUAAAGGUCUUGUGUUUAACAUGUAAAAAUAAAUUCUCGUCAUUGAUUUAAAAAAUCAUCCUUUAGACUUCAUGUUUUCAAAGAACUGUUGUUAAGAAAUAUUUUAUUAAAUAAAAGAAAUAGAUCAAUAGAUAAUAUCAUAA